CCCUCUUCACUCCGCCCUUUAUAUCUCUCUGAAGCUCCACCUUGGCCUCUCCCAACUCCAACCUCUACAUGCCCAAUUCAGUGAGAGGCCCUGAGUGCUGGUUGAAUUCCAUGUCCCUGAGCUGCAACCUGAAAGCUGCUUCAAACAAUAAGCUGAUACAAUUCUGGGGCUCAUAUCUUUUACUUUCCUUUUCUCAGGGAUCAUAUUUCUGCAUGGCUUGAUGUCCAACAUAAAGCAACAGUUUCCCCUACUCUUCCAAAAUCACAAGGUCACUUAGUUCUGGCCUGGAGGGUGACAUCUCACAAACAGUCCCUUUCAAUGCAACACCCUCUCAGAGCACUUCCUCAGCGCCUCACUUAGAAGUCACCUUGUCCUCCCGAUAUCAGUUUUAGAAAAAGAACCCAGAGACACGGUCUUCCUCUUUCCAUGUAAGGUUGGGAGGUUAUGGAAUGUUUAGAUAUUCCCAAUUUGAUGCAGUGAGUCAGAUAUGUAAAAAUGCUAUUUUAAAUCACCCAGUAAUUUCUACAAUAUGUAUCACAGAUCCAAGAGUGAGUCUUAGAGAUGGAAUUAGACUCAAAAACAAUGUGACUCUUGACAGGGUGAGAAUACCAGCUUUGAAUAUGACUUGGUAAUAAUAAUUCUUAAAAGGUUAAUUGAUUGUAUUUAGACCAUAUAGGAAUGCUCUACAUUAAAAUCACUGCAUCAAAACAUCACGCAAUAUAUGGCACUUUAGCUCAAGUGGGGAGAAUGAGGAGAAGAGAGGAGUGGUAGUUGUAAUAAAAUAAAUAACAAAUGUUCAGUGCUUACUAUAUGACUGACACUAGCAAGCAUAUUGCAUGUAUUCACUCAUUCAAUCUGCACAAAAAUUCCACGUGUUAGAUAGUGCUAUUAUCCCAUCUACCUUUGAGGAAACCAAGGCCCAAAGAGAUUAAGUAAUUUUCUCAACGUCACACAGUUUGUGACCAGAGGAUUCAGGAGAAUCAGUGGUAGCAACUAAAAGUCUAGAGAUAAUACAUAUAUUUUAAAAUGUGCUUGUCAAUCUACAGUGGAACUAGUGGCUGGAAUUCAUAGAAAGUUGAGAGAGGGAACUGAAAAUUUCAGAAAAAAAUCUCUAUUUUUUCACUCUCAUUUCUCCUUGGAGUUGGUGAGGACUUCACUGAAGAGACACUGAGGAAAAACCUGGCCAUUAAUACAGAACUUGCUACUCAUUUCUGAAUCUCCUCCAGCUCUGCUCACUCCUCACGUCACCUGGUUAGCUCUCUAGACUAAGGUAUCCUCCACAAUGUUACCACUGCAAGGUGCCAAGAUGCUGCAGACGCUGGAGGAAGCCUUGAGAAAGAGCCUCCCUGCAUCCAUAAAGGUUUAUGGAACUGUCUUCCACAUGAACCAGGGAAACCCGUUCAAUCUAAAGGCCCUGGUGGACAAGUGGCCUGAUUUUGAAACAGUGGUUAUCCGCCCUCAGGAGCAGGAGAUGACAGAUGACCUGGAUCACUACACCAAUACUUACCAAGUUUAUUCUAAGAACCCCAAGAAAUGUCAGCAGUUCCUUGGCUUGCCAGAAGUCAUCAACUGGAAACAACAUUUGCAGAUUCAAAGUUCACAGCCCAGUCUGGAUACGGUGAUAGAAAAUCUUGGAGCCAUUAAUUCUGGCAAGGUCAAGCAAACACAAAAUAUUCUCUAUGUGUCAAUCAAGACGGCAAAGGAAUUGAUCCCUUCGAUAAUGGAUGGAAAGGACUUACUCAAGCUUGAUAAAAUGAAGUCCAUUAACCAAGAGAUGUUUAAAUAUUCAUCCCUGGAUGUUACCCAUGCUGCCUUGGUGAAUAAAUUCUGGCUUUUUGGUGGCAAUGAGAAAAGCCAUAGAUUCAUCGAGCACUGUCUCCGGGCCUUCCCCAGCUUCUGUCUUCUAGGGGCUGAGGGGACCCCUGUGUGCUGGUCUCUGAUGGACCAGACAGGAGAGACGCGGAUGGCAGCCACCGUGCCGGAGUACCGGAACCAGGGUCUCGUCGCCCAUGUCCUCUACAACCAGGUGCAGGCUCUGGAAAAACUUGGCUUCCCCGUGUACGCCCAUGUGGAUAAGACCAACCACUUCAUGCAAAGAGCUAACAGAAAUCUCAGUAUCCCCGUGCCCGGUCUUUGGAACCAGUGGAACUAUGUGCCUCUGUAAAGCUGGCCCAGAAAAUAAGACAGUGUUGGGUGGGUUGUGCAGGUGGCUGGAGGAGUGGAUGGUGGAUAGACAGAAAGAAUAAAGUAUAAUGGAGUGGACUCUGAGCUCUGUGAAGCAGUGACAACAGGUGACAGUUGUCUGUGAAGCAGUGAUAACACUGCCUUGGUCCCUGUCCUCAAACAGCUCCUGGGCUUCCCUUAGUCUCCUCAGUAUGAAGCAGGCCAGGCACUCCAGCACCCACAUUUCAAGGGUCCUUGUGAUGCUUUCUAAUCAGUUGCAUGCUUUUCUAUGUUGCUCUUCCUGGAACUCCUAGCUCACUGGCCCUUGCCCAUUCACCAGGUGGUGGGCUCUAUGAGCUUUUCUCUGGCUUUCUAUGGCUUUUCUUUUAUUGGCUAGAGUGUGGCCAGUGUUCUAAAUAGGCCUUUGCAAAAUCAUCCUUUCCCAGGUCAUUUCCUAAGCCUCGUAUUAUAAUCCCAUUAAAUAUAUCACACAUACACACACGUGUACACACACACACACUAUAUAUAUAUAAAUAUAUAUACACACAUAUAUACAUACAUAUGUGUGUGAUACAACAGGGAGAAUUAUUAAGAAAAAGACUAACUGGUAUUAAUAUCUUAUUUUGUAGCUCAUACCCCAUGAAAGAGAUAGCAGCAUUGCUUCUAAAGGCUGAGCUUUCUUAAUCCCCUUCCCCAAUUCCCCUUAUAAUAAAGAGACUGUUUGGUCGUGAAAGCUUAUUCUACGUGGCCCAUGAAGGGAGGUGAGUAUAGGGAGAGGAGAAAGUGAGAGGACCCAAACUCAGGGCAGUGGGUUUUUAUUAUUAGGGCAGGGGAGGCUUUGUACAAGGUAGUGACUAAGGCCCCACCUGGCAGCAGCAUGCUGUUUUGGGAAACCUGAACCCUCUGCAGUGCAAGCGAAGGUCAUGUGGGUGUCUGGUUGAGGGAGGGGUCCCCAGAAAAGUCAACUCUGAGUGUCCCCAGGAAGACUGUCCCAGCAGAGCUGGAGGAAUAACACCUACUCCGAGGAAAGAAAGAAAGAGAAUGUUACCUGGUUGAGGCUUGGGACCAUCACAGAGCAAUUCCUUAACACAUCAAAAUAAUAGCUGUAUUUUUUACACAACUAUUGAAUACCCGCUAAAACCCCACCCCCAGAACUACCAGGAAGUCAACAAGGGAGGUCAACAAGGGCUUUGUGACACUAAACACUAAAGUGAAGAGAAGAAACCUUAUGAUGCUCAAAGGGAAAGAGACCUCAUAAUACCACAUGAUAGCAGGAUGAGAGAGAGGAGAGAGGAGAGAGAGAAAAGAGAGAGAGAAGAGAGAGAGAGAGAGACUAGGUCUCAUGAUCAUCAGGUUAAAAGAGAUUGCUUUUUCAUAUGCAGCAGGGAAGAGGAAUGUUGAUUUUGCAUUCAUCAGUUAGCUGACUUCAAAUAAAGUUACCCAUAAGCAGUGUAGACAAAAAGCAUUUAAAGGCUCCUGUGAUAGAGAUUAGCCUAUCAGUUCUUCCAGUCCAAACUACCAACUCUGAGGUUUUUGCCCUGUGGCUCCAAGCAGUUAAGGAUUCCUACAGAUCUUCACUCUGUCUGCUUGAAUGACAGAACAUUUACUUCCCCCUCUAGGCUAAAGAUGACAAAAACACAGGGAUUCCCCUCUAUUCUUUUAAAUCCACUUUUAAAAUGUCACUUUGAUAAAAUUUUCUUAUUCUAUUUCCAAGUAUGUGAUAAGUCUACAAUUUUUAGCAAUUCCUUUCAGGACCUUAUAAAUUGUGUAUACAUUCAUUCAUAAACUUAGCUUAUUAAAUACUUUAAAAUGUUCCAAACUAUAUUUAUAGAUUUUAUUUUCCUUUUAAAGACUUCAAUUCUCUGGCAACAAAUAGAAUGAUCCUAAAUAGUAAAUAAUUCUUAUAAAACUAAUAAUGAAGACCUAUCAAUACAAUAAAUUCAGUGGGUCUAAAGUUAUAAAUCUAAACUUUUAAAUAAAUUCGGUAUAAUCUAAUUUAAAAUUAUAACUCUAAAUCAAUCACCUAAUUACGUAUUUCUAGUUACUUAAAAGACUCUCACUCUAAUAGGUCAAAUUCUAUCACAAGCUUACAAGUACCGGUAUGUAAAAUAUCAAAUAUGCUGAACUGCCUUUUUAAGCUAAAAUAUUAGUCCUAUGCAUCUGAUUCUCCUAAAUAUUUGUACAUUUAAUUCCAAUUUUUACAAGAGUAGAAAGAUGCGUGCUCACUAAAGAAGGUCUUAUCACCUUGAAAUAUUGAAGCUAUUGACUACCAGAUAGCCAGGAGACUGACAAGAUCUGUCUGUCACCAUAAUAGGACACAAUGAAACUGAUAUAUACGGGUUAAAUCAGUAGUUUCACAACUUCAAAAGGGAAGUAGUCACUAAACCCACAUCCCGGGAUUAGAGUACAGACAUUAUCCUGUUCUUUUAUUCAUACAAUUCAUCACCUCCAUCUAGGCUGAUCAACUGAUUGGGUUUUAGAUUGUUCUGACAUAUAAAUAUAUUUCUCAAUAUAAAUAUAUUUCUCAAUAUAAAUGUAGAGCUCCUCGAACUUCAAAGGUUCCUAAGAAGUGUAAAUAUAAAAGAACUUUGUAGUUAAUGAAAUCUUUCAUUCUUUUGUAUUCUUAGGAUCACACAACCACUAAAACUAGGUAAAAGGAAAUCUGAUAGAAUGUUAGAUAUUUCACAUGACUUUAUCAACCUGAAUCACUGCCCUUUGGUGUCAUUCUACUGUCAUUCUUGAGUUAGAAAACAUCUAAUAAGGUGGACACCUCCAACCAAGCCGUUAAAAUUACUACCAACAUCAUGUGCCUUGAUGACCGAAGUGUUUAGACAAAGACAAUCUCAUUCAUAUAGCAUAUCUUGCAUAACCUUCAUCGAUUAAUGAGGAAACAACCACUCACACCCAAAUUGGGGAUAGUCUAAAAUACACUGGCCUAUACUUUUCAAAAAAUGUCAAUGUCGUGAAUGACAAAGAAAAAGAAAAUCUAAAGAACCAUUUUAGAUUUAAAAAGACUAAAGAGACAUGACAAUUAAAUGCACUUUUCCAUGGAGGUGCAUAAAUUCUCUUCUCUUCAAAAGAACUGCUCUUUCACAAAAGCUUUGCCCUACCACAACCAUAAUUCUUCCUUCCCCAACAUCCUCAGUCACCCAAUGUGAGAAGUUUAAAAAUAUAUUAGCAGCAUGGGAUCCUUGCUCUUCAUAUAGAGAAAAUUGUUAAUUACCUCCUGAUCGUAGUUAAUUAUAAUAGACACUUUUGCUAAAAUUUCUGUCCAUGUCUUGUUUUACCACAGCAUCAGGAGCUCCCUGAGGCAGCAAGCCAUCUUAUUUGAGUCCAUCUUCCUUCCUUUCCUGCAGCCCAUCCCAUAAGCAGUUUAGCAGACUAGCAGGAAUGUGAAAAGGGAAGGUGCUCCAUGUUCAGUGAAUGAACAGUGGAGGGGGCAGUGGCCAGGGAGUGCUCCCCUCUCCGAAGCUCAUCCUCCAAAGCUCUCAGACAUGUCUCUCAAAAGAGGUGCAUAUAGGGCUGUACGGAUAAUUGGUGUAGAUGCCAACAUUAAAAAAAAAUUGGUCAUUUCAAUACAUAAUUACAUUCAGAGUUUUUUGAAAGCUCACAUCUGGUCAAACAAGACCCUAUAUGUCCACCAGGCAACAACCAGCCAGAACUGAGUAGUUGCUGCCUCCUGGGGUGGGUCAUGCACCCUGUGCCUCGGAGUGGAAGCAAACCCAC